AGAAGGGGAAAAACUUUAUUGAUGUUUGAGUCACUGGCGUCUGGUGAAUUAAAAUUAACAAUGGUGAGAUUUUUAUUUUUGGAGAAAUGGCGCCAACAUUUUUCUAAAGUGGGUGUUCCCGCCCAUCCGGUUUCCUUUCUUUUAUUUACAUUAAUGUUCUUUCUCUUUCGCUCUUUGCCUUAAGCUAAAAAUUGUCGUCAGUGAAUGAAACCAAACAACAAGGUGAAGCAGAGAGAGAGAGAGAGAGAGAGAGCUAAGAUUGGAAGAUCCCUCAAUCAGAUUCUCACCAUAUUAUGGGAUCUGUGGCUCUUUUGGAUUCUAAUUCUUCUUCAGGUAUGAAGAAGAAUAGGAAAGGUAAACAGAGAUCUGCGAUCCCUCCUACCAAGAAAGAGAUAGAAGCUGAUCAAAAAGGUAAAAGGCGUAAUGUUCCUCAGGAAAAUAGCGAGCCAGCUGGUUCUUUAAAAAGGCCAAAGCGAGCUGCAGCCUGUACAGAUUUUAAGGAGAAGUCUGUACGCAUAUCUGAAAAAUCCUCAAUUAUUGAAACAAAAAAGGAUAUGUUAGCAGACGAUGAAAUUGUAGCUGUAGGGCUGACUUCUGAAAAAGAUGAUGGUCGGCCUAAUAGGAGGCUCAAUGACUUUGUAUUGCAUGAUUCAUCAGGUCUUCCACAUCCACUUGAGAUGUUGGAAGUCCAUGACAUGUUCAUAACUGGUUUGAUAUUACCCCUUGAAGAAAGCUCGGACAAGGUCAAGGAAAAGGAGAAGAGUUUUAGAUGUGAAGGAUUUGGACGUGUUGAGUCUUGGGCCAUAUCUGGUUAUGAAGAUGGUUGUCCAGUGAUAUGGCUUUCAACUGAUGUUGCUGAUUACAGCUGUUGUAAGCCUGCAAGCAGCUAUAAGAAAUUUUACGAGCAUUUCUUUGAAAAAGCUCGUGCUUGCGUAGAGGUUUAUAAAAAACUUUCAAAGUCUUCUGGUGGGAAUCCUGACUUAAGUCUUGACGAGUUGCUUGCUGGGGUUGUUCGAUCGAUGACUGGUAGCAAGUGCUUCUCAGGUGGGGCAUCAAUUAAGGAUUUUGUCAUUUCCCAGGGAGAAUUUAUUUAUAACCAACUGAUAGGUUUAGAUGAGACAUCAAAGAAGAACGACCAGGUAUUUGCAGGUUUGCCUGUUCUUGCUGCCCUUAGAGAUGAGAGUCAAAAGCGUGAAAAUAUAGGGCACGAAAGAGCAGCAUUUUUGGGUGGAACUCUGACUAUUGGUAAAAUAUUUGGAGAGGGAGACAGCAAACUGGAUCAGUCAAAUUCAUCUGCUUUUGCUGCUGAGGAAGAUGAGGAUGCAAAGUUCGCAAGAGUGUUGCAAGAGGAAGAAUACUGGAAAUCCAUGAAACAGAAGAAAAAUCAAGGUUCAGCCUCCAUGUCAAACAAAUUUUACAUCAAAAUCAAUGAAGAUGAGAUCGCUAAUGAUUAUCCUCUCCCGGCAUACUACAAGACUUCCAAUGAAGAAACCGACGAGCUUGUAGUUUUUGACAAUGACUUUGAUGUUUGUGAUCCUGAGGAUCUCCCAAGAAGCAUGCUCCACAACUGGUCAUUUUACAAUUCAGACUCAAGGUUGAUUUCACUGGAGCUUCUUCCAAUGAAACCAUGUGCUGACAUUGAUGUUACCAUCUUUGGGUCUGGGGUUAUGACUGCUGAUGAUGGAAGUGGAUUCUGUCUUGAUAAUGAUCCUAGUCAUUCUACUUCAGGUUCUUCAACUGCACUGAAUGUUGAUGGGAUUCCGAUUUAUUUGAGUGCAAUAAAGGAAUGGAUGAUUGAAUUUGGAUCCUCAAUGAUUUUCAUAUCAGUGAGGACAGAUAUGGCCUGGUAUAGACUUGGCAAACCAUCAAAGCAAUAUCUUCCUUGGUAUGAACCGGUACUCAAAACUGCAAGACUCGCAAUAAGCAUUAUUACAUUGUUAAAGGAGCAAAGCCGAAUAUCUCGCCUCUCUUUCAAUGAUGUCAUCAGAAGAGUGUCUGAGUUCAAGAAGGAUAAUUGUGCUUUCUUAUCUUCUGAUCCAGCAGCUGUUGAGAGGUACAUUGUUGUUCAUGGACAGAUAAUUCUACAACUCUUUGCAGUGUUUCCUGAUGAGAAUAUUAAGAAGUGUGCAUUUGUGGCUGGGCUUACUACAAAAAUGGAGGAGAGACACCAUACAAAAUGGUUAGUGAAGAAGAAGAAAGUUGUGCACAAUAGUGAACCAAAUUUGAAUCCGCGAGCAGCCAUGGUACCUGUAGCAUCUAAGAGAAAGGUUAUGCAGGCAACCACAACAAGGCUAAUCAACAGAAUUUGGGGGGAGUACUAUUCAAAUUACUUGCCAGAAGAGUCAAAGGAGGAAACUGGUUCUGUGGAGAAAGAAGAGGAAGAUGAAAAUGAGGAACAGGAGGAAAAUGAAGAUGACGAUGCUGAAGAAGAUAAAUCAAUAUUAAAGGAGACACAGAAGUCUCCUUCAGUAUCAAGGCGAUCCAGACGAUGUUCCACCAAGGAGGAAAUAAGAUGGGAUGGAGAGCCUGUAAGCAAAACGAGCUCUGAUGAGCCUCUUUAUAAGCAAGCCAUUAUUUAUGGAGAGGUAAUUGUUGUUGGAAGUGCUGUUCUUGUUGAAGUUGAUUCAUAUGAACUUCCCGCUAUCUAUUUUGUGGAAUACAUGUUUGAAUCAUCGGAGGGAAGCAAAAUGUUUCAUGGACGGAUGAUGCAGAGAGGAUCUGAAACUGUACUGGGUAAUGCUGCUAAUGAGAGAGAGGUGUUUCUAACAAAUGAUUGUGGGGAUUUUGAAUUGGAGGAUGUGAAACAGACUGUUGCUGUGGAUAUUUGGUUAGUUCCUUGGGGAUAUCAGCACCGGAAAGAUAAUGCCAACAUGGCCAAAUCUGAUAAAACAAAAGCAGAAGAGCGGAAGAGAAAAGGAUUGCCAAUGGAGUAUUAUUGCAAAAGCUUGUAUUGCCCUGAUAGGGGAGCUUUCUUUAGGCUUCCCUUUGAUAGUUUGGGUUUGGGUUCUGGUUUCUGUUACUCUUGCAAAGUUAAGGAUGCUGGAAAGGACAAAGAAAUGUUUAAAGUGAAUUCAUUAAAGACAGGCUUUGUGUACAGGGGAAUUGAGUACUCUGUCCAUGAUUAUGUCUAUGUAAGCCCCCAUCAAUUUGCACUAGAAAGGGCUGAGAAUGAAAACUUUAAGGGUGGGAGGAAUAUAGGCUUGAAGCCUUAUGUUGUGUGCCAAGUGCUGGAGAUCAUUGUACUAAAAGAACUGGAAAAAGCUGGAAAGGAGUCCACCCAGAUUAAAGUCAGGAGAUUUUUCAGGCCAGAGGACAUUUCAGCUGAGAAAGCUUACUCUUCUGAUAUUCGAGAGGUCUAUUAUAGUGAAGAAACACAUAUGUUGUCUGUUGAGGCAAUAGAAGGGAAAUGUGAAGUCAGAAAGAGGAAUGACCUUCCUGAAGCUAGUGCUCCAGCAAUCUUUCAUGAUAUCUUUUUUUGUGAUCGCAUAUAUGAUCCUUCCAAAGGUUCCCUCAAGCAGUUACCCACUCAGAUCAAACUAAGGUACUCCACUGGCAUUGUGGAUAAUGACAUUGCAUAUCAAAAGAAAAAGGGAAAGAGUAAAGAGGGGGAGAAUGAGUCUGAAGUUAAGAAACAAGGAGAAGCAGCUCAGGAGAAUCGCUUGGCUACAUUAGACAUAUUUGCAGGUUGUGGUGGCCUGUCAGAGGGGUUGCAUCAAUCUGGUGCAUCAUUAACUAAAUGGGCAAUCGAAUAUGAAGAGCCUGCUGGAGAUGCAUUUAAACUCAAUCAUCCUGGGUCUUUGGUGUUUAUUAAUAACUGUAAUGUGAUUCUUAGGGCUAUUAUGGAGAAGUGUGGGGAUGCAGAUGACUGUAUCUCCACUUCUGAGGCAGCUGAGUUAGCUGGAUCACUAGAUGAGAAAGAGAUUAAUAAUUUGCCUUUGCCGGGGCAAGUAGAUUUCAUCAAUGGAGGUCCUCCAUGCCAGGGUUUCUCUGGAAUGAAUAGGUUUAAUCAAAGUACAUGGAGUAAAGUACAAUGUGAGAUGAUUUUAGCAUUCUUGUCAUUCGCUGAUUACUUUCGGCCAAGGUAUUUCCUCCUAGAGAAUGUGAGGAACUUUGUGUCUUUCAAUAAAGGACAGACGUUUCGUUUAACUCUGGCUUCACUUCUUGACAUGGGUUAUCAGGUGAGGUUUGGUAUUUUGGAAGCUGGAGCCUAUGGAGUUUCCCAAUCAAGAAAACGAGCAUUUAUAUGGGCAGCCUCCCCUGAAGAGACUCUGCCGGAAUGGCCAGAGCCAAUGCAUGUCUUUGCUGUGCCUGAGUUGAAAAUCACAUUAUCAAAUAAUUUGCAGUAUGCAGCUGUGAGAAGUACUGCAAGUGGAGCCCCUUUCCGUGCAAUUACUGUGAGAGAUACAAUCGGUGAUCUGCCAGCUGUAGGAAAUGGGGCCUCAAAGACAAAUUUGGAGUAUCAAAAUGAACCCAUCUCAUGGUUUCAAAAGAAAAUUCGAGGGAACAUGGCUGUCCUCACUGAUCAUAUAUCAAAGGAAAUGAAUGAACUUAAUCUGAUUCGGUGUCAAAAGAUUCCAAAGCGACCAGGUGCAGAUUGGCAUGACCUUCCAGAUGAGAAGGUAAAACUCUCAACUGGACAAGUGGUAGAUUUAAUACCCUGGUGCCUGCCGAAUACGGCCAAAAGACACAAUCAGUGGAAAGGGCUGUUUGGAAGGUUGGAUUGGGAAGGGAACUUCCCAACUUCCAUCACAGACCCUCAACCGAUGGGAAAGGUUGGAAUGUGCUUUCAUCCUGAGCAGGACAGGAUUCUCACAGUCCGUGAAUGUGCCCGUUCUCAAGGUUUCCCAGAUGGCUACCAGUUUGCUGGUAACAUUCAACACAAGCACCGGCAGAUAGGAAAUGCUGUUCCUCCUCCUUUGGCAUUUGCAUUGGGGAGAAAACUCAAGGAAGCAUUGGACAGCAAAAAGCCUAUCUAGUUGUAGGGUUUAGUUUAUGGCUUCCAGAAUUGACCAUUCAGACGACAGAGCAAUUGGAUCUAUAGAAAUAUUGGGCAUUUGUAGAUAAAUUGAUUUACAUUUCUACAAAUAUAAUGUUCUGGUUGGAACUUUUCUACAUGGUGAUGCAAGUUUAAUAAUCUAAAGAUAUCAUGGAAAUUGAUUUACAUUCUACAAGCGGUAGAAAGAAGAAACGCUGGUAGAUCAAUUGCUUUUUA